UCGCUGUCGCAGUCUUUUCUUUCGGAUUUCAAACCGCCCCACUACCAUAUAACCUCCUUCUUCCCUAUCAAACCCUUCUCUCUUGACUUCAAUCCUCUAAUCUCGCACUCAGAUUCCUAGAUACACACUACUAUGGCAAGCACUGAUCCCGAGCGUGAGCACAGAGACGAGGAAGAAGCCGCCGCCGCCGCGGAGGAUGAAGAUACCGGAGCUCAGGUUGCGCCUAUCAUCAAACUCGAAGAAGUUGCCGUCACCACCGGCGAGGAAAACGAAGAUUCCAUCCUCGAUUUGAAAUCGAAGCUUUAUCGGUUCGAUAAGGAAGGGAAUCAGUGGAAGGAGAGAGGCGUCGGGAGUGUCAAACUCUUGAAGCACAAGGAAACUGGAAAAGUUCGCCUUGUUAUGCGCCAGGCCAAGACUCUUAAGAUCUGCGCUAAUCAUCUCGUGCUACCGUCAAUGACAAUUCAGGAACAUGCUGGAAACGAAAAGUCUUGCUUGUGGCAUGCAGCGGAUUUUGCAGAUGGUGAACUAAAGGAUGAGCUUUUCUGCAUCCGCUUUUCAUCUGUGGAGAAUUGCAAGACUUUCAUGGAGAUGUUUCAAGAGGUUGCUGAAUCACAGAAGAAAGAAGAAAACAAAGAUGCAUCUGAUACUGCUGGACUGCUUGAGAAGUUGAGUGUUGAAGAGAAGAAGGCUGAAGAGAAAACUGAGGAGAAGGUGGAAGAGAAAAGCGAGAAAGAGACUUCUGUUGAAAGUGAGGGGAAGGCAUCAGAAGUUGCAGAGAAGAAGGAUGAGUCCUCUUCAACUUAAAGUAUGCACAUGCAAUGUUCGUUGCCCUUGGUCAAAAUAUAAGGGAUGAUGAUUUUUUCGCGGGGAGUGUUUGGGUUUCUUGGUCUGUCAUUUUAGUCAGUCUAAUGUUCUGGCAAACUCAGGGGAGGGGAAGGGGUUGGGGGAUUGGGUUUGGAUUUCUUAAUCUGUCGUUUUAGUCUGUGUAAUGCUCUGGCAUACUUUUGAGUUUAAGGUUAAGGUCUCAUUCUGGUUACAAGGUAUUUGCGCCAGGCAUAACACAAAUUCAUGCCUUAUAUAAUAUUUAUCUGCUUAGAUGUAUGCUCUCUUGUCCAUGUCUCACUUCCAAGGCUUUUUCAGUUUU